AUGAGCCUCUCGGCCGGCGACAUGACGCCCUCCCUCCACGACCCGCUCGGCACCGCCGGCUCGACGCCUCGAGCCUCGACGAGCUCGGCGUCGACCCACGGCGCGCCGCACACCUUCUUCGGCCGCCAGCGGUCGCACUCGCUGCGCCCGUCGCAGCCUGUGUCGUCGCUCGACGGGUCGGCGGCCGCAGGCCCGAGCACGCCCGCGUCCAUCUCGGCCUCGUCGGCCGGCAGCGGCUACCUGUCGUCCUCGGUCCAGUCGUCGACCGCCUCGACGGCGCCGUCGUCCCUGUCGUCGUCUGCCUCGUCGAGGGUCGAGCCGCCCUUGAUCUUGAUCAAGUCGGUCACGGUGCCGCACUACUCGAGCUCGUCGGGCAAGCACUGCCUCUUUGCGUGCCGCGUCGUGCCCGACCUCGACGUCGCAAGCGCGGCGUCUCCCUCCACGUCGUUGAGUGGCACGGCGCCGUCGCGGCGUGAGCAGCUGGGCAAGAUGCGCAUGGCGGGCACGGGCGAGCCGCACACGGUGUGGCGUUCGUGGCAGGAGUGCCUCGACUUUAGCGCGUGCCUGAGCGCCGCGUUCGCCGACGGUCGACCCGAGCACAAGGUGCCUCGCCUGCACGGCUCGAACAAGCUCACCAACCUGUUCAAGAGCUCGAGCGUCGGCGACCGCCUCGUCGCGCUCGAGACGUUCCUCGCCCACCUGUUCGCCAUGCCGCCCGCCGUCCGGCACUCGCCGCUCGUCCGCCACUUCUUCUGCAUGCGCCCGCACGACUCGGCGCGCCAGGACGGCUCUAUAACGGCGUCCUCCUCGCCUGCAUCGGCGCACGUCGAGCCGGCGCCGGCCGUGCCCGCCUCGGUCCCGGACUGGCUCGUCGCCGGCGACCUCGAGGACGACCUGUCGGCGAGGGCGGCGUCGAGUUCGCCCGAGGCGACCAUCAAGGUGCCCCGUCAGCGGCCUGCGCGCCCCGCGCUCGCCAUCAAGACGUCGAGUCCCGAGCUGCGCGGCACGGUGCGCGGCCUCGCAAGCGGCAUCGAGCUGUUCACGCCGUCGCCGCUCUCGACCCGGAGCGCCAUGCCGCGCUUCGGCGACCUCGCUUUCUCGCAGGGUGAAGCCGCCUACUCGACGGCGACGCCGGACCGCGAGGCGUUCGGUGCGACGGCGACGAGCUCGCGCACCAUCACGCCGCAGCCGCCGAGCCGGCCCACGACGCCGUCGAGCGGCAGCGGCGGGUUCGCCAAGACGCUGCGCAAGAAGGCGUCCGGUGGGCUGCGGCACAUCCGCUCGCUCGGCGACCUGCGCGGCGGGAGCAAAAAGGUCGAGACGCCCGACGAGCCUGUCCCGACCCUCUCGCCCGACAUGCUCGCCGCCGCCGUCUCGUCGAUCGCCCUAGACCGCGCCGCGUCGUCGCCGCUCGUCAGCAGUCGCCCUGCCGUCACUGCGCCGCCCAUGUCGGCGUCGCUGAGCGCCGGCGGGCCGGCUCGCUCGCCAUUGUCGGCGACCGGGCCCAUGGGUCGCCUGUCGCCGAUGCCGUACUCGGCUCCGCUCAACAACCGCCACCGCCGCAACAACUCGUCCAAGUCGUCGGUCACGUCGUUCGAGGACCUGUGGGGCUCGCCCUUCCCGACCACGUUCCGCCAAACGACCACGGGCCGCCUCGAGGGCGUCCGCGACGGUCCGCGGCGCCCGUCGCUGUCGACCUCGGCGGCUCGUCCGCCUCCCGUCCCUCAGCAGCAGCAGCAGUACCCGGUGCGGCCGCCCAUGCACCGCGGCGGGCACAAGGCGUCGUCGGCGUCGAUCUCGAGCAUCGACUCGGCCCGCUCGGGCGGCUCGUCGGGCUCGGUGCGCUCGCUCGCCAUGAGCGUGUCGCGCAGCAGCGCCGGCAGCGAGAUGUGCCCGACGCCGCCGACGCCCGUCAGCGAGUGGAACGGCGCCGUUGGCGACAAGGUGGCCGGCGAGCGCGUCGUCGCCGGCAAGUUCUGGGUCGAGAACGGCGUCCUGCACGAGAACAACCGCGUGCCGCCGCCACCCUUCUUUCCUGUUCCCCCGCCGAUGCAGUUUGCCUACUCGCACGACGGCCUGCCCCACACGCCUCGCACGUCUGCGUCCUCGAGUCGCGCGACGCACGCUCGCAAGUCGUCGACCGACCAGGCGUACCCGCCGACCCCUCGCUCGCGCACGGGCUCGGUCGCCUCGGGUCGUCGCGUCCCGCUCCACCCUCAGACCUCGCUUGACGCCAUCCUCGCGAGCCCGACGCCGUCGUCGGCCGCCUCGUCGCCUCGCACGGUCGGCGGCACUCGCACGACGUGGACGUUCAAGCUCCUCCACGAGAACGAGAACGUCGUCCUGCGCGUCGCCAAGCCGGUCGACUCGGCGUCGCUCUCGCUCGACCGCUUGCGCCGCGACAUCGUCGUCAAGUUCAAGACGAGCGGCGUCGACCUCGCCGCUGCGGCUGAGUGGGGCCUCGCGUGGACGACGCGCGCGCCGGGCGGCGCCGCGAGCGGCACCAAGCUCGUCGUCUCGCAGGACGACCUCGACGAGUGCCUGCGGGCGCACGACGAGGCGACGUCGCCGUCGAGCAAGGUCAUCCUCAAGGUCGUCGUUUGCUGAAGCGCAACGUCGGCGACGACUUUCCCUCACGGCCACUCUCGCCCCGAGCCGCGACACCCUCCCUCCCCUCGCCUCCCCUCACAAUCCGCAUCUGCACCUUCCUUGUCGUGUUCCCCGCCUGCUCGACGACGUGUACCUCGACUUUACGACCGCCGACGACGACCUUCCCGUGCCCCUGGUGUAUCGCUCACGACCCUCCCCUCCCUUUGUCCUCCACGACCACUCACGACCCUCGUCCCCUUGUCUCCACGUCUUUGCCCAACUCUUGAGUAGCCGCUAUGCCCACACAGUCCCGAUC